AUGGGAAACUACAACUUCAUUGUAUCUGGUGCUUUGAAUGAUGCUGCAGCAAAGAAGUAUGAUCUAGAAGCAUGGUUUCCAGCCUCUCAAGCUUACAGAGAGCAAGUGUCCUGUUCAAACUGUACAGAUUAUCAGGCUAGAAGAUUAGAAAUUCGAUAUGGUCAGAAAAAGAGCAAUGAGCAGAUGAAGCAAUAUGUUCAUUUGUUGAACUCUACUCUCAUGGCUACUGAGAGGACCAUUUGCUGCAUACUAGAGAACUACCAGAAGGAAGAUGGGGUAGAGAUACCAGAAGUCCUUAGGCCAUUCUUGGGGGGAAAGACUUUCCUGCCUUUCAAGAACCAACCAUCUAAUGAAGCCAAAGGGAAGAAAUCGAAGGCCUAAUUACAUUUUAAGUCAGUGAUAUUUUUGAAAAGUUUUCUAAAAUACGUUCAAUUUAAUUUAAUUGAGCUGCUCAUAUACUAAAUGAGGGCUAGAGUUUUUAACCUGGGCUUGUAGUGGGGGCUAGAGUUCUUUAUCAUUGCUCAUAACGUUCAUAGGUUUUACGCCGCGGACUGAUUCCCAUGUUUCUGAAUCUCUAUUAUUCGACGGUCAAAUAGUUUAUUCAUAAAAAAAAAUUGUCAGAACCUCCUACGGUUCCUUUUUUA